AGGUUAAUCUUCUGUAUAGAUAACAAACAUUCGGAAGAAUUAAAGGUGAAUUAAAGAAAAUGGGGAUGAAAAAGAAGCUUUCGAAAAAGGAAAAGGCUCGUUUGGAAGCCGAACAAGCUGAAUUACUUCGCAUUGAAAUGGAGAAGGAGAAGCAAAAGAAACUGGAAGAAGAUCGGAAGAAAAAGCAACAUGAACGCGAAGAGGCUGAAAAACGGCAUAAGCUUGAAAUUAUUGAAAAUCGUGCGCGACGUGCUCAGUUGAAGGAAAGCGUAUGGUACUUUGGCAAUAUCACCGAGCUAAUUGAAAGAUUCAAGGACGAAUCGAGAAGACAAAAUGAGUGGGAGCACUACAUGCGCUGUAAUGGAUUACCAAAUGCUAGUAAUCCUGGUGACCUUCGUAAGUACAUUUAUAUGCGGUGCAGCAGUGUCAUAGAAAACAAAAAUCGCGAAGGAAAUUGGCUUUUAAAAACUAACGAACGGACGAUCUUGACCCAAAAUAAAAAAAACCCCGACCUAACUCGAGAGAACUUGCGCAAAGCUCAGUCAAAUUUAGGAGAAAUCUAUUCACAAAGCAUCCAGGAAGUAUUAGGAGUACUGGAGGAGAUUGAUGGUGAAUUGAACAAUUCCAAAAAGCUUCAUCAAACUACCUUUGAAGAUUUAAAACGGCUCAAAAGGGAAAUCCAAUCAUUACUAGCAGAUUUCAUUGAUGAUUUCACUUACAGGAUAUUAUCACAUGUGGAGCGAGAUAUGGAGUAAACAGGGUGUAACACACCAGGCAUAUCCGAGCACCUUUACGAAUCAAGUGUAUUCAAGGCACAGGUUUUGAUGAUACAGGCCAAUGCAUCGAAAACAAAUGUCAAGGAUAAAUUCAAAGAAAACAGCCCUCAUUCAGAAAUAAAUUUUCCUCUGCUAAAAAUGCAACUUGUAUUUCCUGAAAACUUCCAACUGACCUACUCAGCGAUUCGUGGCUUAUGGCUGAACUAUGACCAUUUCAGCAACUAUUGCCCCAGUUUUAUGCCGCCUAACCAAACCUCUAAGCAUUUAAAUAUCCUUCAACAAACUAGGAAAGAAUGGAAAAAGCGAAAGGAGAUUCUUCAAAUGACUUUAGAACAGGCCACGAAAGGAAGCAGUAACGUUCAAGGCUUCGAACAAGAGGAAGUACAACAGCGAGCUAUCGAUAUCGACAAAAUUUACACAGAAUAUGAGGAUGAGUUGAACAAGGCACGCCGAAAAUCAAUGAGCCCAGGUGCCUUAAAUCUAACCGAGUUUGAUGUCAAUUUACGUAGUCAUCGCAUAGUGGGCGGAGUAUUUUGUAUCGACCACCUGGAUCAACCACAGCAGGACAAACGCUUGAAUAACUCGUCGUUUAUUCGAUCAGUAACGCUUCCAAAUAAACUAACAAAGAAGGACUUUUACCAACCAUACAGACCCCCGCCACCUCCGCAGCCUGGUGUACGUCGGCUACCUGAAGAAGUUGAAACUGAAAUGAAAGCUAUCGAACGAAACUUAGAUAAACUAAUCACAGUUUCAUUACAAUUGCCUGAAACAGUACUUUGGUUUGAACCACCUGUUGUUUGCCGAUGGGAACUGCCCGAAGAAACGCGUCAAUCCGAGAACAAGGAAGAAGGUGCAACGAAGACCACCACCAGCAAUUUGAGGGGUAGUCUUGCAGUGUUUGAGAAUUUACAAAAUAUCAAAGUUUCCGACCAAAACACUAUGAAAAUUGUUACGGACUUCAACCUUUAUAAGAUACCAAAAACUGCCGAUCUGUUUGGGGUGAUAAAACAUUUCGUGAUACCUCGCUUACCUGAAGGUUACUGUAUACUAAUUGAAUACACUGAAACCGAUACGGAAAAAUCUGAGAAAGGUUGCUCUCUUUAUUUGACAAAAGAGUCGACUCGGAGUCAGUUUAUCCCGCUUCAACCAUCUGUCAAACGAAUCAUGAACAACCUGGUUGAGACAAACUCACCCCGUUCCCUUCACAUGGAGUUUAACUUCGACAGAGUGCUUCAGAUUAUUCAGCCCAUGGAAACUGAAACGAAAGAUUCUUUGUUGGAAAAGGACGAAUUCGAUCCAAAAUAUAUGUUCUCGGAGCUCAUACAGGACCUUGAGCAUCUUUGCGAACAGCAUACUCUCCACCAGAAUGCAAAAAUUUCUGAAAUAAAUUCAAAACUCAGCUCGGCACGUUCGUCAUUAAGCAAAGAGGAAUUGCCAAAUCGAAGAUUUUCAAGUAUAAUUAUUCGUCGAGAAGUUGAUGUUCUAAAAGAGAAACACACGAAUACUGUGAAAGCAUUCAAAUCUGGUGAGGAUAGUGAUUCUGAAUCAAGCGAGGAGGAGAUAGAAAUGGUCGGACUUUCACAUGUAAAUCCUGAAUUAUUUGCUAGAAGGGAAGCUUCAUCACCCAAAGAGCAGCCCUACUUCGGCAAAUGGUGCACGCGAGAUGUUCACGAUACAAAAUUUAACGAGGACAAACUAUCUAUUCAGUUUCGCACGGGUAGAUUGGGAUACUUUGGUUUUGCCGCGAAUCGUUACAGUAACAUGCCCUACCAGACAUGGGAAUUGAAACCGGAUUUAAAAAGCCCCAUAAUAUUCACCCUAACUGCAGCCAUCAUUAGUCUCGAAAUUCAAAUAACAAAUCAAGGAUACCGCUUGAAUGCAUUUCAGGGCGGAACAAAUGAAUCUUUGACAGAAAUGAUCGGCCAACUUUAUUCACUGGAUCGUUUGAAAGAGAUGCUAACAAACGCCGCCGUUGAUAUAUUUCCUGAUGAGGAUGCUUUCUGUUAUACGGAAGGAUCCUGCGAGAAGAACUACGUUAUGGAAAUGCAUUUAUAUGCUUGUAUGGCUGCACUAGGUCUAACACAUAAUUUCUCAUGGUCACGUUGGAACUUGCUUUCAGGAAGCAGAGCGGCAGUUCUAUUGAUGCGUGAGCUGCAAGAAGGGAAAAAGGCUCCUAAUCACUCCACGCUGUUUAUAACCCCACUAAAGGCGUCUGUGGUGAAUUGUACGGAAGUUUCAACAAGCUUCAGCACCGCUGGGAUAGCAGGAAUGAAAUUUUAUGCGGAUUUAUAUCAUCUAGCAAAUGAUCAUUCACUUCUAUCCAGCAAAGAGAAACAAGCUACCAUGGAUCCUGUAUUGCGUGAUAAUAUUUUCCAGUUGCUUCAAAGAGUUAGGCCACUAAGUUUCUGUUAAGGGCUAUUUCCACAUUCAUGUCGCAAUUAGUAGAGUGUUUUUAAAAUUGUGAUUUGGAAAGAAAUAACAUAUUAAUUUCCGGUUCUCUUAAUUUCGGUUAAAAAUGUUUUGUUUUAAUCUUCUGUAAAAAAAUACCUGUGCAACUCCGCCUUUCAUAUGAAUUCACUUUAAAUUUACGUGAAAUACGUUGCAUUUUCUUCAUACCUUCCAAAAUGUUGUAUCAUACUACUACUUAUAAUGGUACUUCUGCAAUGAACUUAAGGGGUCUUGCCGGGAAAAUCUCAAAAAUAUGAUUAUACCCUAUUAUUAACUUU